AUGCCGGAUGCUGCAUUUGCUGAUUCCUUCCACGGAGGCGGAGGCCACUUAUCCUCUAAGAUUACGGGGAAAGUCGCUCUUUGCACUUCCAUAGCAUCCUUUGGUGGCUUCUUCUCCAGGGUCACGUGGAAAGUCUUUCUUUGCUCCGUCAUAGCAUCCUUGGGUGGCUUAUUGUUUGGCUAUGACAUAGGAAUUUCAGGGGGAGUAACAUCAAUGGACGAUUUCCUCAUGAAGUUCUUCCCGAGAGUUUACUCCAAGAAGCAUCAAGCAAAAGAGAACAACUACUGCAAAUUUAACGACGCUUACCUUCAGCUCUUCACGUCCUCUCUCUACUUGGCAGCCAUUGCCGCUAGUUUUGUAGCAUCCUUCUUUUCUAGGAAGUGUGGUCGAAAACUCACUAUCACAUUAUCCUCUGUCUUUUUUCUUAUUGGUGCCAUUGUAAAUUUUUCUGCCAAGAACCUCGGCGUGUUGAUUGUUGGAAGGAUCUUUCUCGGGUGGGGUCUUGGAUUCGGUAACCAGACAAUACCAUUGUUCAUAUCAGAAAUUGCACCAGCAGAGUACAGAGGAGGACUGAAUAUUUUGUUCCAGUUGUUGAUCACGGUUGGCAUCCUGGUUGCAAAUCUCAUUAAUUAUUGGAACUCUGAUUGGAGGUAUUCUUUGGGUGGUGCUGCUGUGCCGGCUUUACUUCUCCUUGUUUGCUCUUUCAUAAUUGUGGAUUCCCCAUCCAGUCUUAUAGAAAGAGGGAAGAAAGAAGAAGGUCUAAAUACUCUAAAGAAAAUCAGGGGUGUAGAUGAUGUGGAAAGAGAGUUUGAAGAAAUCGUUCAAGCCACUGAAGUUGCCAAUAGAGUUAAACACCCUUACUUGGAAUUGCUCAUGAAUAGGAAUAACUGGCCUCCACUCUUUUCUUCCGUGGCUAUUCAUAUCUUCCAACAGUUUACAGGAAUGAAUGUGAUCAUGUUUUAUGCUCCGGUGCUCUUUCAAACCAUGGGGUUUGGGGGAAAAGCUGCGUUAUUGUCAGCUGCCAUCACUGGUGUAGUGAAUUGCUUGUCCACCGUUGUUUCUAUUUUCAGUGUGGAUAAAGUUGGAAGAAGAUGGCUGCUCGUUGCUGGAGCUCUAACCAUGUUGCUUGGCCAGUGUGUUGUUGGGGGAAUUUUGCAUGUGAAAUUAAAAUCAACAAACGCAGUAUCUCAUGGAAUUUCCAUAGUUGUGGUGAUCUUCAUCUGCCUGUUCGUAAGUGCAUUUGCAUGGUCGUGGGGUCCCCUUGGAUGGCUAGUAGCGAGUGAAACAUUCCCACUGGAGACUCGAAACGCCGGUUAUUUCUGUGCCGUCGCCAUCAACAUGCUCUGCACCUUCAUCAUUGCUCAAACAUUCCUAACCAUGCUUUGCAGUAUGCAUUCCUCUCUCUUCUUCUUCUUUGCUGCGUGGCUCCUCGCAAUGACCGUCUCAGUUUAUACCAUGCUCCCUGAAACAAAGGGCAUCCUAAUUGAUGAAAUGGCUGAAAAAGCAUGGAAGCAACACUGGUUUUGGAAAAGGUUUUAUCACAAAGCUACUGGUAACUUUGAACAGAUGGAAGCGAAAUAUGCCCAAACAAAGGAAGUUGAGCUUGAAAAGAACAGCCAAAGCCCGGUUGCUUAA